AUGUCGACCCUUUCCACAAAUGCUGUACUGCUGAAGUAUCGCAAGCACAGCGACUCCCAUAGUUUGAGUAGUGACAAGCCACCAUUGCUGUCUGGUAGUACGCGGCGAGCUCUUGAAGACGCGGCCGUUUCAAUUGAAAACAAGGCACUUGCCCCGGAUGCUUUUUCCCCGCGGGAGGCGUCGUCGCCAGCCAUUAUGACACCGCCUGAAGAAGCUUGCAUCACGGAGACAAGAAGGAGAAACGUGAUUGAAAGCAACAAUUCCCAGCGGUUUAUUGACGCAGACUGGGAUCAAAUUAAUCAUGAAGCAGAGCAGCAAUGGUUUAACAAACGUACUUCUUCUCUGUCAAUGAUCAGUGAAGAUCAAGGAAGUAUCGGAUUUUUAGAUGCUGUUCGGUGUCUUAAAAGUGACACAUUUACGUGGGAGCCGUAUGCUGCAUCGCAUAGAUUUGGAGAACGCAAAAAAAGGAAUUGCUUAAGGCUCUUUGUUGAAGGAUGUAGAGAGACAUUCUGUAGUGGUAGAUGUUUUGCUUCGAAAGAUAGGGAAGCUUGUGUUGCUUCAGAUUCAAAGUCCAUCUUGGAGUACGAUACUGAGUUUACUUUGGCAUUGCCCUUUGUGCCAUUGGACCAGAGUCAUCCCAUUCACCAAAGGUUACUUGCAACCAUUCAAAAUAAUCCUUUUCAUCGGAAGAAGGGUGCUGAUAAUGGUAGUCGUCGUACGGGCGCGAUAGACUGGGAAACGCUGGGGUUUCAAGGCAGUGAUCCCGCCACAGAUCUUCGCUCUACAGGUAUUUUUUGUCUGCUGCAGCUGAUAUACCUCAUUGAAUAUUAUGGCGAUUUUGCGAUGAAGCUUUGGGAUACCUGCAUAAAUGGUGGCAGCGGUGCGAGUGUAUAUGAAGAACUUCCAUUUGUGCUCGUUGGGUCCAAUUUUUCAGGCGUGUUGCUUGAAAUGUUGAAGGAUAAUGAGUUUUAUGCGGACAUCAGGCAUCGGGCGCGGACUUUGCCGCCCCCUACGACAAAGGCAGGCCGUCUCCCUCUAGUACGAGAUACCGAGCAAGCUCUGAUAUGUGAAUUUCCACUAUUUUUUAUUUGCUGCGAGUACUAUAUUGGAUGUUUGUUUCUUUUCUGGGAGUGUUGGCAAGAUCUGAAGAUGCAACGCGAUGGCAAACAACCUACAAUUGGGGAUUUUGGGGUUGUGAAGGCGAAAUUAUGUGCGAAGCUAAAAAAAAAUGGCCCUCAGUAUGUGUUUGAUACCGCCACAAGGGCCAGAAAUUCCGCCAAUGGAGACUUUUAA